ACACCCAAAGCCCUUUGAUCCUAAACUUCCAUUUGCAGUUAACUAACUUUGACCUACCCUUACCCUUUUAGCAAAAUUCCAGUUUUACCCCUUCCCUUUUGGGUUAUGAAAUAAUUGACCAGCUUUGACCAACAAAAUUCCAGUUCUAUCCUUACCCUUACGAAUGAUUAUUCCUGCAAAGCGUGUAUGUUGAAAUGAAGCUGCAGAUGAAGUGUCAAAUAUUUUUAUGUCUAGCACAUACAAAUGCACAUCUGAGCUGACAGUCGCACCACAACAGAAAGCUAAAUAAUUAUGUAACCCAUUUACCACAAAGUUAAGAAGUAUGUAAUGCUUUCUUUAAUGGUGUAUUGGGUUUGUUAUCUCAUUUCUCCGUUGCCAUUUGCCGCCACCAUACCCAAAGAUAGCAAAUGCGAAAAUACCACCUCUCUCUCAGAUAUUUAAUAAUUAUCUAAAACUAUGGGGGUCUUGAAAUAUUUCCGAUUCAACGAAUCCUUGGAUUUAGAUGGCAACGUACAACUUGUUCAAGGCACGAUACUUUAGCACAUUAUGUAAAACGUGAGAGAUGCUAUUGAAAAGGAACUAACCUCUUGAGAAAGUAACCGAAGCUUUAACUAAAUCCUUUUGUCAUCUCCUCCAAAGCAAAUUCAGUAUCCAUAAACAUAAACAAUAACAAAAAAAAUUACACUUUUGGUUAGCCUAAUAAAGAUAAGAGUAACAAAGAGGACAAAAAUCAUGGGGUGCUAAACAUGCAUGCUUUACAGGAAAGGUUCAGCUUUAUUGGAACCAUACUCACCCAGACAGUUUUAUCAAUUUGACCAGAGCUCCACCUAUUAAAUUCAUCCCCAUCUGCCUCCCUUCACUUCAUUCACUAUAGCCUGUGAGAGGUUUUGGUUUUUCAACAGAGAAAAUGAAGUUCUCAAGUAAGUUUCUGGGUUGGUUUGUGUUUCUUGUUAUGGUAAUCACAUUUGCUAAUGGGCAGCCUCUUGUUCCUGCACUCAUCAUUUUUGGGGACUCAAUUGUUGAUGUGGGGAAUAACAAUAACCUCAAUACACUUAUCAAGGCAAAUUUCCCUCCUUAUGGAAGAGACUUUGUUACACACAGACCAACAGGAAGAUUCUGCAAUGGAAAGUUAGCCACAGACUUCACUGCUGAGUUCCUUGGAUUCACCACAUACCCACCACCUUACCUUAGCCAAGAAGCGCAAGGGAAUAUACUCUUGACUGGAGUCAACUUCGCGUCUGCUGCUUCUGGCUUAUCUGACACUACAGCUCAGUUAUAUAAUAGCAUUUCAUUGACUCAGCAACUUAGAUACUACCGGGAGUAUCAAACAAAAAUAGUGAAUCUGGUAGGAAAAGAAAAGGCCAAUCCCAUUUUCUCUGGUGCAAUCCAUCUGUUCAGUGCAGGAAGUAGUGAUUUUAUUCAGAAUUACUACAUUAAUCCCCUCAUUAACAGAAUCUACUCACCUGCCCGAUUCUCAGACAUGCUCAUGAAUUCCUACUCUACUUUUGUUCAGAAUCUAUAUGGACUAGGAGUAAGGAGGCUAGGAGUAACAAAUCUACCUCCAAUAGGGUGUCUGCCAGCAGCCAUCACUCUGUAUGGAGCAGGAAGCAAUCAGUGCGUCGCAAGGUUAAACCAAGAUGCCACUUCAUACAACACGAAACUGAACAGUACAUCUCAGAGCCUUGUUAAUAAGCUCCCCGGUCUCAAACUUGUAGUAUUUGAUAUCUACCAGCCUCUCUUGGACAUGAUCAAUAGCCCUAGUGACAGUGGAUUCUUUGAGUCGAGAAGGGCUUGCUGUGGGACAGGUACCCUAGAAACAUCUGUGCUUUGUAAUUCCAGGUCUAUAGGGACAUGUUCCAAUGCCACAAAUUAUGUGUUUUGGGACGGAUUCCAUCCAUCUGAAGCUGCCAACAAAGUCUUGGCUGGGGAUCUACUUGUACAGGGAAUUGACCUCAUCUCUUGAAAGUUACUUAUUACUAUUUCAGCGCUCUAUUUUUCGUAUAAACGUAUUAUAUAUGUUAUAGAAACAGAUAUGAACUUCAGCAGUUUUAGUAAGACAGAUUUGGAACCCCAUGUUGGGAUAUUUGUAAAGCCUCCUUGGUUAAUCAAGUGACACGGGCUGCUUGUUACUUCUCCUACACUUUUAUGUAGGAUCAAUAAGAUAAUCAUGCUUAGCUUUCUAAGUAAUUUAUAUAUUUAAUUUAUGUUAUGAUUGCAACUGGAUGCAAAUCACGAGAUGUAAUGACAAUUAUGACUGAUCUAUUCUAUUAAUGUCCUAAUUU